AUGUCACGAGGCUUCAACUUGGUCAACACACUUCUUUUCCCGGCACCAGAAGCCAGCUAUGAUCUCCACACGUUUCCGGAGGAGGAGCUCAUAUGGUUGCCACGCAGUCUAGACCCAGAAGAUCCAAACGUCGAGGCCAAUGUUCCGUGCCUAUUCUUGACAUCCAACUCUGCGAGAUUCGUCAUGCUGUACAUGCACAGCAAUGCGGAGGACCUCGGGCGCUGCUACAACUUCUGCAACAUGCUGCGCAUGCAGUUCCAGGUGAAUGUGCUUGCUGUCGAGUACCCGGGCUAUGGAAUUUGUCCUGGUGGACAGGCAGAUGAGGUGUCUGUGAUUGAGAACGCCAAGUUGGCAUUUCGUUUCGUCACGGAGGUUCUUCGUUAUCCGUCCGAGGACAUAAUCGUGCUGGGUCGAUCUGUGGGCAGUGGGCCAGCCCUUCACGUAGCAGCGAUGGCCAAGACGUAUGGGGUGAUUCUGAUUUGUCCAUUCCUCUCAGUGAAAGAAGUGGUCCGCUGUCACUUGGGGCGUGUGGCGGACUUGAUCGAAGAGCGAUUUCCAAACAAGGAGAAAAUCAGGGACAUUUCUGGAUUUCUGCUGAUCGUGCACGGGAAGAAGGAUACAGUUGUGCCUUGGACCCACGGACAAGAGCUCUUUGAGACCUGUACCCGAAGAAAGCGUCUGGUCACGCCAGAAGACAUGACCCACAAUGCAAGUCUGCUGACGGAUCCUGGCGUGUUCAUUAUGCCGGUCCUCCAGUUCUUCGGGCUGCCUGAUUACAGCUUCGAGCCCCUCAGGAUUCCAAGUUGGGUGUUUGAUGCGACUCUCACUCCGACGGCCUUGAGAACCGACCGCAAGGCGGUGGCGCCGAAGAGGCAGGGGGCGGCUUGCAACGGACACCGCCCUGCUCCAAAGACGCAGUCGCGCCUCAUUGCAGGUUCGCCGCUAAAGCAGCUCUUGGGCACUUCCGUGGAAUCUGACAGCGCGAACACCACCGCUGAUGCUGCGGUCCAGAUGUUCCUGGACUGGCAAGACUCACGCUCCAGGCCAUUACAGUCCGGAGGCACAUACAGCAAGGUGGCAGAUGAUUUGCCAAAGCCUCCUGACGACGACGGCUUUUUCAAGGUGCCGAAAUCUCACAAUGCUGGGCCAACCUUGACAGCACCGGUCGCCCAGCUGUCUGGUUCUGUGAAAACCGCAGACUUGACCGAGGAUGUUGAGGGUUGGGCGCGGCAGGAGGCCAUGCUGACGUGA